CACGGUCCGUUUCCACGGCCGGAAAUUUGUGCGCGUCACAGGAGAGGCUGUGUACAGGGUUGACAUCAUUUGCAAAUCUCCACCGUGGCGUGAGCCAGCAUGGCCUCUGCCCCAGCACAGCAGCCCACACUCACUGUAGAGCAAGCGCGAGUUGUUCUGAGUGAGGUGAUCCAGGCAUUCUCUGUGCCUGAGAACGCAGCUCGCAUGGAGGAAGCCAGAGAGAGCGCCUGCAAUGACAUGGGCAAGAUGCUGCAGCUAGUGUUGCCUGUGGCCACCCAAAUCCAGCAGGAGGUCAUCAAAGCAUACGGCUUCAACAAUGAGGGAGAGGGUGUUCUCAAAUUUGCCCGACUAGUUAAGAUGUAUGAAACUCAGGACCCAGAGAUCGCAGCCAUGUCAGUAAAACUCAAGAGUCUUCUUCUACCGCCUCUCUCCACUCCUCCAAUUGGCAGUGGAAUCCCAACCUCAUAGAACAUGCUUUUAAACGUAUCGAUCUUGGAGUCAGUUUUAACACUUCUCUUAAAGGAAUAGUUCACCCAAAAAGGAAAAUUAUUUAAUUAUUUACUUACCCUGAUGCCAUGCCAGAUGUGUAUGACUUUCUUUCUUCAGGAGAACACAAACGAAGAUUUUUAAAAGAAGAUGGAGCUCUGUCAGGUCCUAUAUAAUGGAAGUGCAUGGGUGCCAGCCUUUGACAGUCCAAAAGUCAUAUUUAGGCAACAUAAAAGUAAUCCAUGUGACUCCAGUCAAUCAAUGAAUGUCUCUGAAGUGAAUCGAUAGGUUUAUGUAGGAAACAAGUCGAUAAUUAAAAAGUUUUUCAUGUUAAAUCGGUGCUUCCAUCCAGGGCACUCAUGCAGCUUGAAAUGUCAGAACUUUGGUGUGACGUUUGUUCUUCUGUUGUAAAUAAGUGGCGCUACUGAAUUCUCACGUGAACUCGCUGACACGCUUUGCGUCAGCUGCUGGCAGGAAGUGACAUUUAAAAGUUAACUUUUUAAUUCUCUAUUUAUCACAUACACAUUUGGGAUGGCAUCAGGGUAAGUGAAUAAUGGAAUAGUUUGAAUUUUUUGGGCAAACUAUUACUUUAAAAGUGACUUAAACUGAGGACAAUUAAACAUUUCUUGGGAGACUUUGUUUUGAUGAUAAAUAAACUUCUACAUUCCCAUUUACUUUCAGUGAAUUGCUAGAAUUAAAAACAUUUGUCUUUUCCCCCUCAUAUUUAUUCUUUUUCAUUUCCAUCUUUUAUGCCAAUGUUCAAUUUGCAUUUAUUUACCAAGCAGAACACAAAUUUGUAAGGGCCUUUUGUGUAAAGCUUUUUAUACAUUUUCCAUUGAUUAAUGUCUUACUCAUGGCUGGUAUAAUAAUUAAAUAGCUAACAUCUAUGCAUGAUAACCCAAGACACUGUUCUUAUGCUCAUUGCUGUUUGCAAAACUAUUAUCAGAUCUGUGUUUAUCCAAUAAAGUGUCAAUUUAUAAUAGUGUCACUAUUUAUAAAGACCUUUCCUUUAAAGAAAUGACUUUCUGCAUUUAGAUGUACUGUACUCUAUAUUGCCAUGUGUGCUCAUUUUUGUAUAUAUGUAUACAUUAUUUUAGCAUGUUACAGAGCAAAUGUGUGUGUGUAUAUAUAAUAUAUAUAAUUAAAACUUCAUUUCAUUUUUUCCUCAUUAAAAAAGUUUAA